AUGCAGCCGGUUGCAGCCAAAUUGCCGCUCACCCACAGGACACCUUUUUCUGUGGAGGAUAUUUUGGAUCCCACAAAGUUUACAAGGAGAAUAAUCUGUGCUGAGGAUGCAGCAACAGCAGAUGAACCCAGAGAGCAGCAGCAUCCCCCGGCAGGUGAAAGCACCCAGGAGAAGAAGGCAGCUCAGAGCUCCAAGACGAAAAGCCGUCGGAUCCGCACCGCCUUCACCCUGGAGCAGUUGCAGAUCCUGGAGCGCAGCUUCCACAGGUGCCACUACCUGUCGGUGCUGGAGCGGCACACCAUCGCCUCGGCCCUGCGCCUCUCCGAGACCCAGGUCAAGAUCUGGUUCCAGAACAGACGCACCAAGUGGAAGAAGGAGCAGCUGCAGGGGAAGGACGCAGAAGGGGAGCACGGCUUCUCUUCAUCAUCCUCCUUCUCCUCACAUCCGGCUGUCUGCUCAUCUCUGACCUACAGCCCGCUGUACUGCCAGCCGCGCGCUCCGCUGCAGCUGUUUGCGCCACUGCCGCUGCUGCCUUAUCAUCAUUACUACACAUCAUGA